CUCACCUAACAAAAUAUGUCACCGAAGGGUUCCCCAAGAAAAGAUAAACUUGACCACACUGGCUUGUUGCCACAAUUAGCCAUUCGAGACACCGCUGUUACUCUCUUGGACCUUUUUUCAAACACAUUAGUGGUUUCCUGAUUAAUACAGCACGCGUUGCAGGGCUUAGGUCCAAAAGCAACUGCAAAGGAAAACCAAGAUGGUACAUCCUUUCCUGCCUUUUUUUGAACAACGGUUUGUCUAUACUGCUUCCGAAGAUGAAGAAACUUCUCAAAGAAAGCUGCUUCAAUCUACCUCAAAAGUGAGACAAGAUGAUCUCCAGGUUACACUUAGUGUAGCCUUGGAAUCAUCUUGCCUCGCUUUUGAGGUUGACAAAGACAGAAGACCAACUUAAAAAGUGAGAAGAGUGAGCCUUCUUAAGAUUCUUCUCAUCAUCCUUCUCAACUACUGAAGGACUGGAGACUACAUUUUUCUCAUCUUCAGCUGAGAGUUGUUUAAGAGAACCUUCAACAGAGUAGGGUUGGACUGUAGGAGGCUCUGUAAAGGUGUGGUUAAUUAUUUUUUCUAAAGCAAGAUGGUGAGAAAGAAAAAAAGAAGAAGGAAGGAAGAGAUUGCUGAGGAUUGGUGUUGUGUGUGCAAGGAUGGAGGGUUGAUGAGGUUAUGCGAUUUCAGGGAUUGCCUUAAAGCGUAUCAUCCUUCAUGUGUGAGAGAAGAUGAUUCCCUUUUGGAGAAUGGCAGUCGUUGGAUUUGUCCUUUACAUUUUUGCUUCCUUUGCCGUAAAGCCCCAAAGUUUAAGUGCUUUUGCUGCCCAACUGCUGUUUGUGGGAGUUGCUAUUAUGAUGCUGAAGUUGUUUUUGUCAAGGGGAACAAAGGUCUUUGCAGACACUGCUCAAAACUUGCAUUUCUAAUUGAAGAAAAUGCUGAUGUUGAUUCUGAUGGGGUAAAGAUUGAUUUCAAAGAUCGAGAUACAUAUGAAGGCUUAUUUUCAGAAUAUUAUGAAGUUAUCAAACGAAAAGAAGGGCUGAAUUUUGAACAUGUAUAUUGCGCUCAUAGCUUCUUUAAGAAUGGUAAAAACAAGUGUGACUUGGAUCUAGAUGAAAGGGAAGAUGAUCCUGAAGAAUCUGAAGAUGAAAGUAACUUUAUAAUUUCUGAUUAUGAUGACCUGAAUGACACAACAGAAGUUAAAUCAAUGAGGAAAAAGAAGAAGUGCAUGGCAAAGCUAAAAUCACUGAAAGGAAAGGUGAAAGAUAAGAAAAAGGAGUUUAUUGGAUGGGGUUCAAGAAGUCUCAUAGAAUUUCUUAAACAUGUUGGUAGAGACACUAGCACAGAAUUUUCUGAACUUGAUGUUGCUUCAAUCAUUAUUGAGUACUGCAAAGAAAACAAACUUUUUGACCCCAAGAAAAAAAGAAAGAUACUUUGUGAUCCACUACUAAGGUCUUUACUAGGGAGGAAAUCAGUGAAUAGAAACAACAUGCAAAAAUUUCUGGCACCACAUUUUGCCGAGAAUUUUGAGAAAAUGGAUGAUAUCAAUAGUAGUUCGGAAUAUAGGGAUGAUAAUGAGCCAUUCAAAUUUUCAAGGCAGAGAAACCUGAUCUCAAAUACAACAUCUCAUCAGAACCUAUUUUCUGAAGAGUGUCAAAACUGUUUUGCAGCCAUAGUUAGUUCAAACAUCAAGCUUGUCUACUUAAAGAGGAGUUUAGUGGAGGAGCUUUUGAAGCAACCAGAAACUUUUGAUGACAAAGUGUUGGGAAGUUUUGUAAGAAUAAAAUCUGACCCGUAUGACUAUUUACAGAAGAAUUCCUACCUGCUCUCACAAGUAAUAGGAAUAAACAGAUCUUCAAAGAUUGAUGAAAUCAACAAAGAAAUUCUGCUUCAGCUUUCUAAUGUGCCGAAAGAUGUACCUAUCUGCAAAAUUUCAGAAGAUGACUUUUCUGAGGAAGAAUGUCAGGAUCUGCAUCAGAGGAUGAGAAAUGGUCUGCUCAAACAGCCUACUGUACUGGAGCUUGAGCAGAAAGCCAGAAGUUUGCAUGAAGAUAUAAUGAAGCAUUGGAUACCGAGGGAGUUGGCAUUGUUACAAAUUCGUAUCAAUCAGGCCAAUCUAAAUGGACGGAGGAGAGAACUUUAUGAGUACAUGAACUGCAAAAUGAAGCUUGAGACUCCAUUGGAACAAGCACGUUUAUUAAGUGACAUCCCAAAAGUAAUUCCUGAAAUGGUUGAUUCCAAUAUGUCACCAGAGGGUUCCACAAGAAAAGGUCCAAAAAUUACGGUAAAGGAAAACCAAGAUGGUACUGCCAUUCCUGCCUCUGUUGAACAAGUGUUUGUCUAUGCUGCUUCCCAAGAUGAAGGCACUUUUGAGAGAAAUCUUCUUCAAUCUACUUCAAAAGCCAGACAUGAUAAUCCCAAGCCUACACUCUUUGAAGAAUUUAACUCGGAUUCUCCGACCUUCAAUCCAGCAAAUUGUGGCCCGCCUCAACCAAGGAACACUGAUUCUGGUUCUGAUGUAGAUGGCAGAAAUCUGAAUGCUACCAGGAAUGCUGUACAGACAAUCAAGGAAAAGCAAAGCAUUUCAGUUACUGAUCCUAAUGAGGCGAGUGUCAAUGACAAACAGAAUACAAGUAUCUCAGCUAUUCCAGUGAUACAACGUGAAGUUAGCAUUUCAGCUGCAGAUGUUAUUGAAUUAAGUGACAGUGAUGAACAGGAUGCAAAUAUUGCAGACAUUUCAGAAGGAAUAAAGGUAGUGGAGAAUACUGAGAUGUCUAUUUGGCACCUUUUGGGUCCUUAUGGAGAAAUAAGAGGGCCCUUUUCAAUGUCUGUACUCAAACGUUGGAAUGAAACUGCCUCUUAUCCCUUAGAAUUCAAGGUCUGGAAGACAGGUCAGAGUGAAAAAGAGGCUAUACUUCUCACUGAGGCACUUAGCCGAAAUUUUCCCAGUACGUAGGUAAAUGGAGAUGAAGGGAAAUCAUUUCCUUGAUUUAAGUAAUGGAGUUAAAUACUUGAGUUUUAUUCUAAGUGCCAGUGUGGAGUGCUGCAUGUUUAAAAAAGUACUUCAUCUAUUGGCAGUUCAUGAGUGAUCUUGUUUUGUU